GACACCCCUGGUGCACGCGCUGCCAUUCGUCAGUCGGUGGAACACAUCGUGGACAGCGACCUUCGCAUCAGAGCGAGACACCGACCACUUCGACGGCUACGAGCAGCACAGCGUUCAGCAGCAGAAGUACAUGCAACACCUCAAGGGACACCUCGAGUGGCUACUGUUUCCUCUACGCCUACUCUUCCUGCACUACCUCCUGGACCAGGGGAUGACGCCCAAGCAGAGAGCGUCGUGGCGACUCCCGCUGGACUCCUCCCAGGGCUCGAAGGGCUCUGGCGCCGCCUCCAGUGCCGCGGCAGCAGCCACGCCCAUCGAGGUGGACGAGGGAGACAACGGCGAGAAGGAUAUGAAGACCGACCAGCCCAGCCGACGCCCAGCCCGCCGUGGAGGGCGCCGCGGGCGCCGCGGCACUCACAACCCCAAGGCCUGGAGCAGCAAGGACAAGAACCUGCUGGACUUGCUUCGGUCGACCCUGAAGCUGCUGCUCCAGACGACGCACAAGACCAGGCUGAACAGCAGCAUCAACACGGACACCUACACGAUGAGCAACGAGCAUCCAGUGAUCAUAGCCAUCACGCAGGAGCUCGAGGGCUACAAGCACACCUUGGACUCCCUCAGGAAGAGCGGCACCCCAGAGGACAAGAAACGCCUGCAGGACAUCGAGGCGGAGGCCGAGAUCAGCAAGGAGGAUCUCCUCGACGUCAUCUCCUUCGUGCGCCUGGAGAAGUGCUACGACGACACCAAGACGAAGCUGGUGAUCGGCGCGCCCAUGUGGGAGGGCCGAGUCUUGAUCAGCCGCGCCCUCGAGGCCGAGGGCCAAGCGGUCCACCGCAGAGGCGUGGCCCCAGCGGGCUGGCUCGAGGAAGAGGUCGGCCACUGGCUGGAGACCCUCGAGCAGUGA